CAUUCUAUCAAAUUGCAGGAAGAGCAAGUAGUCGUUGUUCUGUACGGGGAAGACAUAGAAAAGUAUGCAGACAAGCUCACCCCAUUUUCCACUUACUUGAUAUCUACUGCAAAAGUGAGGGUUCCUUUACCCUACGGAGUGCCUAUCAACCGUUUUGAAUGGGUUAUUGAUAAAUUCACAGUCGUCGAAGAGGUGAAAGAUGAUAAUAUACAAGAUCCACCGCUCCUGCCGCCGACAAGGUUGAAUACUAUACCCUUUGCAUAUUUGCACGAGCAGCAGCAAAAUACGGAAUUUGACAUAAUUGCCGUUGUGGUGAAUUGUGGCUCCAUAAAGUAUGUUGGCGCUAACAAUAACAAAUGCCGUGAAGUCGUCGUAAUGGAUACCAAUGUGAGGCCUACUAUCCUUACAAUGUGGGAAGACUUCGCCGACACUGAUGGGAGCAUCUUCACUGCACAGGUUGCUGAAUUCCCAAUAAUUGUAGCAAAACGAAUUACGCGAGCCAGCUAUGGUGGAUUAUUAUUGUCGACAAGGUACAACUCAGUUAUACUGAUAAAUCCACCAUAUCCUCAAGUUGGAAGACUUCUGAACUGGGUGAAAGACAACCGACCAAGAUUAAUGAGAUACAGUCAGCAAACGACGGUUGAUUCGUCUCUGGUUCUUGCAGCAGAACAAAAUGAUAUUGUCCCAAUUGUUUCUAUCCAGUCACAACCUCAUAUACAACUGUUUUACGUGGAGGGUAAAUUAUCAUUUCCGAUUGCCGAUCAAGAUUUUUAUGAAUUACUGUGUUCCCACUGCGGCCAGCAGUACAGAACUCAUUCGCCGAAAAUUAUUCAUUGUGCGAGUUGCAAGCAACGUGCGAUGUUGACACCCAGAACCAUCCAUUACCUCUUGAACAUGUUCGAAAACGUCUUCCUCAUAAACUCUUCAAGAUACAACUGCGAAAAAUAUUUUCUAGAACUUCUGAUACACGAUUGCUCAUUGUGUCCUACUCUAUGAAGGAAGAUUUGUUUCAAUUGUCCGUACCAGUAGCCUCUGAAGAAAUUGGAGAGAGCAGUAACACUAAAUUGGAAAAUGCUGAGCUGAACAAAGAGAUAGAAAACGAAGACAACAAUCAGUCGAAUGUGGAACAAGUUACACCCAUAGAAGAGGUGAAGAACGAGUUAACAGAAGGUGGCUCUUCUAUCAAGAGGCAACAAACUGAACUGGAGACCCCCCCUAAGAAAAAAUUAAGGGUGUUAUAACUCUGUAAAAUGCUUGUACAUACGUCUUAUCCUACUAUGUAAAUACGUGUUUGAAGAUCGCCAGCUUCUGCUUGACAGAAAACAUGGACAACACAGUUCACUUUGUGUAACUUACUGGCAUGUACAUUUAUAUUUUGUUAGCCGGUAAAACAUAUUGGUGUUGUAACUGAUGUAAAUAGUGGGUUGAAAGACUGGCAGUAAAUAUGACCUCCUUUUUUGGCUUGAA